AUGUGGUACUUCAUUAGCCCACGAAAUAGAAAGUACCAAAAGGGGGACAAAGCAAGUAGAAGUACACCUUUGGGGAGUUGGAGGAUUUUAAGUGACGAUAAGAAGGUCCGUUAUAAUUCCCGAAUAGUAGGGACUAUCAAGACUUUAGUAUUUAAGAUACAUGGCACAGAAAGGACAGAUUGGGUCAUGCAUGAAUACAUGCUUCAUGACGAGAAACUAGCUGCAAAAGGAGUUGUUCAGAACUCUCACGUCAUUAACAAAUUAUUCAUGAAAAGUGGGAUAGGACCAAGGGUUAGGGAUGACCGCGGGGCACCCUACUUGGAGGAAGAGUGGAGAUCAGAAGAUGAGGAUGACAACGUACUACAUUCAACACGAUUUCACAGAAGAAGGAGAACAUUUCGAUUUGUUGUUGAGGAUCUUCUCACAAUAUUAGGGAACCCCCCUAAUUUCCUCUUAUCUAACAAUUGUGUCUUUUGUCUAAAACCGAACCAAUGCUAA